CGAACGGGGGACUGUUCCAAGAGUUCCACAGGAACCGGGAAAGAGUACAGAGCGUGCCUCAGCCUGCUUCUAGGGUCUUGCCUUUGGGGUCCAGGGUGCACCCCCCUUCCUUCCGAGAGCUGGGUGUGGAGGCAGGGGAUGGGAAUGGGGGGGUGGGGGGCUGGGCCCUGGGACGCACCACCCUUCGCCGUGUCGCCUCCCUUGCCCCCUACACGGAGCGCUCUAGUCUCCACUUAGACAUCAAUCCACUUUCAUCCGCAGCGGGUCCCGCCGGGCCCCGCGCCCCCCCCACGCCUGGGCCCGCCUCCCCGCCCCUUUCACAGCUCUCUCGCUCCGAUUGGCUGCCGUGGCCCGGCCCCCCGGCCACAGGACCAGGCGGCGGCCGCGGUGCGCACUGUCCCUAGGCGCCCGAAGUGUUCGGGUGAAGGUGGGCACCAUGUGGGCCGGUCGCGUGCUCCACGCUGCUCUCUCCGCAGCCCCCCUCAGCCGCCGCGCGCAGUCGGCGCUGACCCAGCUGCGUGGCGUUCUGGAGGAGGAGCUAGAAGCGAUCCGCGGGGCUGGCACCUGGAAGAGCGAGCGGGUCAUUACGUCCCGGCAGGGGCCGCGCAUCCACGUGGACGGCGUCUCCGGAGGAAUCCUUAACUUCUGCGCCAACAACUACCUGGGCCUGAGCAGUCACCCCGAGGUGAUUCAGGCGGGUCUGCAGGCCCUGGAGGAGUUCGGAGCCGGCCUUAGCUCUACCCGCUUCAUCUGCGGGACCCAGAGCAUCCACAAGGAUCUAGAAGCAAAGAUAGCCUGCUUUCACCAGCGGGAGGAUGCCAUCCUGUAUCCUAGCUGUUUUGAUGCCAAUGCUGGCCUCUUUGAGGCCCUGCUGGCCCCGCAGGACGCAGUCUUGUCGGACGAGCUGAACCAUGCCUCCAUCAUCGAUGGCAUCCGUCUGUGCAAGGCCCAUAAGUACCGUUACCGCCACCUAGACAUGGCUGACUUGGAGGCCAAGCUGCAGGAGGCCCAGAAGCAUCGACUGCGCCUGGUGGCCACUGAUGGGGCCUUUUCCAUGGACGGUGACAUCGCCCCCCUGCGGGAGAUCUGCCACCUUGCCUCUCGAUAUGGUGCCCUGGUCUUUGUGGAUGAAUGCCACGCUACUGGCUUCCUGGGGGCCACAGGACGGGGCACGGAUGAGCUGCUGGGUGUGAUGGACCAGGUCACCAUCAUCAACUCCACACUGGGGAAGGCACUGGGUGGAGCCUCAGGGGGAUACACGACAGGGCCCGGGCCCCUGGUGUCCCUGCUACGGCAGCGCUCCCGGCCCUACCUCUUCUCCAACAGCCUGCCACCUGCUGUCGCUGGCUGUGCCUCCAAGGCCCUGGACCUGCUCAUGGAGAGCAAUGCCAUCAUCCAGUCUAUGGCAGCCAAGACCCAGCGUUUCCGCAGUAAGAUGGAGGCUGCCGGCUUCACCGUUUUGGGAGCCAGUCACCCCAUCUGCCCUGUGAUGCUGGGUGAUGCUCGGCUGGCUUCUUGCAUGGCAGAUGACAUGCUAAAGAGAGGCAUCUUCGUCAUCGGCUUCAGCUAUCCAGUGGUCCCCAAGGGCAAGGCCCGGAUCCGGGUGCAGAUCUCAGCAGUGCACAGCGAGGAGGACAUCGACCGCUGUGUGGAGGCCUUCGUGGAGGUGGGGCGGCUGCAUGGGGCACUACCCUGACCUGGCUGGUGCCAAGCAGAGCCAGGAUCGCCCCUCCUUCCACAUUGACAAAAGGGCCCUUUGGUCAGCCCAGGCCAGAGGCUCUGAGCCCUGCCGCAGUCCUGGGGCUGGGCUGGGGCAAGGCCUGUGCUUGUGGUCGAGAGUAUCAAGCAACAGUGUGGAAACGGGCUGAUAUGUUGGUGUGCUUUAUUCUCUCUGGGCAGGCCCAGCCCUGGGACCCUUGGAAGAAUCAGGCAGGAGCUGGGGCUCUGAGGGCAGGCUCCUGGGUCUCCUAGUAGAUCUCAGAGCUGACCACCUGCCCCAGGUUAAGAUGAGACCCAGGCAGUGGGGAGAAUGUAGGCAGGGGCCCCCCAGGUGGCAUAACUGGAUUCUGUGCUGCUGGAGAGGACGGCCGCGCACCAACCCUGCGGGCCCUUUCCCACCUCACCCACCCCCCUUCUCUUCGGCCCCCGGGGAACGCCUUGUGUUCUGCUCCCCAUCCAAAGGAUGGCUUACAGCUGUCCAGAUAGGAAGGGGCUGAGCACCCAAACCUAUGUGUGGAAGGAGAGGCAGAGGAUUCAGGCCCCCAAGGAAAGAAUGUGGGUCACUAUUGGAAAGGCCUCUGAUAGUCUGGAACCAUGUAUUCUAGCCCACUUUGUCCCUGACUCUGUGGCCUUGGGAAAGCCCCUUCACCUAUUUGUGCCUCAGUUUCCCUUACUGUACCAAGAGCGGUUGUUAAUUGAUAACUGGGGUCCUUCCAUCCCGCUCGUUUCAAGGUUUGCUGAUCAGCCACCAGGGGGCGCAGCGAGCUCAGGCUCUGGCUGCUAUCGUCGUGUCCGCCCCAGUUUCCAGGCCUUGGACUCAAACACCCUGGCAGCCUGGCAGGCAAGGCUCUCGGAAGAGCGAUUUGCUGCUGCCAAGGCCCCAUCCACACUUGUCCCCAGCAAAAGGCUCGCUGCUCCCCUAGUGGACAUGAUGACAACCCCCUUCCCAUGGUCGCUGUCCCUGGUCCUUGUCUCUUCACUGCCCUCCCCACUCAGCUUUACAGGCACGGGGUGGGGGGCCAGGCGGGAUCGGUUCGGAUUCACCGCAGCUCCAGACUCAGCGUGGUGUGGCCUUGGGGAGCUCGUACCUCGCUGGAGGUAAGGCAGGGAGGAUGCAAAGGCCCUUCUUAGUUCACGGCAGGGAACGAGGACCCCCCUCUCCGUGCCCUCGAACCCGCAGCCCUGCCCUUAGUCAGGAUGUCAGGAUGGAUGGUCUGGGAGAGCGGCAGGGAUCCUAACUCUGGGAUUCUGGGAGUCCUAGCUUGUGGUUCUGCAGGAGCUUGAGGCUGGGCUCCAGGAGCUCCAGGUGCUGGGAGAUGGCAGCCCCAGGGACGAGGACCGCUGUGGCCAGGGCAGUAGCCGGAAUACUUGGCGCGCCUCUGCCACGGGGUAGUGUACCUGGCGCAGGCGCACUGCUGCGGCAGCAAGUGCACGCAGCCUGGCACCAGCCCCUGGCCCAGCCAGCAGUGUCAAAACUGCAACUUGCUGUGCGCGAUCCUACGAUCCGCGUAGGCCGGCGGGUUACGCGUGGUGGCCAUAAGCAGCCACCGGGCAACGCAUUCCAGCAAUACGUGUGGGGUAUCCAGCGGGGCCAGAAGGGCGGACCCAGGUCCACCCGCCAGCGCCUCCACGCGCCGGCUCUUCCUGUGGCUCCCGGGCGCCACGGCUGGCGUUGCGCCCCCCGGCGGCCAGCGUAAGCAGCGCAUUGCCGCGGUAGCGCGCCACGCCGUCGGUCAGCUCGCGCCUCAGCUUGCGGGGCUGCGCCGGCGGUUGGGCUCCAUCCGCCGCCAUCCAGGAGGGCCGGUAGGAAGCACCAGCAGGCGCCGCAGCGGCUCCGGGCACACGUGCUGUGGGUUGGACUGGCGGUGGCCCGACGCCCGCGACGGCCUUAGAGCCGCGCGGGGCGGGAGGGCCGGCAGCGGAUCAGCCGCACCUCCGCCUCCAGAGACCGCGCCCAUGGCGCGCGGUCCACGUCUUCUGCGUCGGGCUCGGGGUUCAAGGCUGCGGCCUCCUGGUGCAAGAGGAGGAGGUGGCGCCAGGAAUGCUCUGGGGCUCGGGCCUUGGCCUUGACAACGCGUUCUUCCUGCCUGUCCCACGCCGGCCCUCCCUUCUUACCGUUAUCAGUCGCUCAGCCUCGCCCUAGCCCUGUAGCAGCCCAUCCAGAGCCUUACCCUGGGCCAGACGGAGUUUUCGGGCUGGAAGAGCCCAAAAGGAGGGGGGAUAGUGUGUCAGGGAUUUCGGGGACUUUCAGAAUCAGGGUGGUUGUAGACCUCUGACAGUCAAGGGUUCUAAAAUCCCAGUACACUGGGGUUAGAAUCCUACAAUUCUGCACUUCAGUGAUCGGUUGUAACCUUCUACCAUUCUAAUGCCUUGAAUCGAUUCCAAUAGCUCUGAAUUCAGGACAGUCUAGGUAUGACUCCUAAUAUCUUCUGUUUAGUGAAUAUUUCUAAAAAUUCGGGGAUGCUCUGGGGCGCCUGGGUGGCACAGUGGUUAAGCGUCUGCCUUCGGCUCAGAGCGUGAUUCCGGCAUUAUGGGAC